UAUGGGAAUGGGGUAGGAGCUGGUGUAAAAAACUCCAUCUCCUGCUCACAGGCAUAGGGAUGGAUUCCUGUGUCAUCCCCCUCCGGCAUGGGGGCCUUUCCCUUGUGCAGACCACAGACUUCUUCUACCCGCUGGUUGAGGAUCCCUACAUGAUGGGCCGCAUUGCCUGUGCCAAUGUGCUGAGUGAUCUUUACGCCAUGGGCAUCACCGAGUGCGACAAUAUGCUGAUGCUGUUGAGUGUCAGCCAGAAAAUGACUGAUGAGGAGCGUGAAAAGAUCAUGCCACUGAUAAUCAAAGGCUUCCGGGACGCCGCAGAGGAUGGUGGGACAUCAGUAACAGGCGGACAGACUGUGUUGAAUCCCUGGAUCAUUGUUGGGGGUGUUGCUACAGUGGUGUGUCAGCCCAACGAAUUCAUCAUGCCAGACAGUGCGGUUCCUGGAGACGUGCUGGUGCUGACCAAGCCACUAGGCACACAGGUGGCUGUCAGCGCUCAUCAGUGGUUGGAUAACCUUGAGCGGUGGAAUAAGAUUAAGCUGGUGGUGUCCAAAGAGGAGGUGGAGCAGGCCUACCAGGAAGCUAUGGCAACUCUUGCUGCUGGUAAUCGGAGUGCUGCCAGCUUGAUGCACACUUUCAACGCUCAUGCUGCCACCGACAUCACAGGCUUCGGCAUCCUAGGACAUGCCCAGAACCUAGCCAAGCAGCAGCGCAGCGAGGUCUCUUUUGUCAUCCACAACCUGCCCAUCAUUGCCAAGAUGGCUGCCAUCAGCAAGGCUUGUGGGAACCGCUUUGGGCUGCUGCAGGGGACAUCCCCAGAGACAUCAGGGGGGCUGCUAAUCUGCCUGCCCCGGGAGCAGGCUGCCCGUUUCUGUGCAGAAAUCAAGUCUCCCAAAUAUGGGGAGGGGCACCAAGCCUGGAUUAUCGGCAUCGUGGAGAAGGGGAACCAGACCGCGCGCAUCAUCGACAAGCCGCGCAUCAUUGAAGUGACCCCCCGGGGCGCCACAGCCUCCCCCCAGGAUAACAACUCCAGCGCCAGCCCCGAAGCAGCCUCGUGAGAUGGCAAAGCCUCCUUCCCUUGGACACUAUAGGCUGUGCCCGCAGAUACGGGGCAGCAGAGCUGGCUGGUGUCUUGGCUUUGGGAAUGGGGAUGCUGUGCCAUCCUUGCCUGGUGUUGAUCUUCCUGCCCAGCUGGAAGCAGCACCAGCUAAGACAGCUCUCCUUCCCAAGGCCAAGGUGGCCGAGGCAAGGCCCUUCUGAACUGCACCUGAGCUAUGUCCCACCGCUGCCUCCCCCACAGGCUGAUCCAAGGAGAAAGGUGGCGAAUUGAUUCCUGGGGGGACCCGAGUUAGUUAGUUCUUGGGGAGAAAUGCAGGUGAUUCACAACUGCAGGUAAUUUCUGACUGGAAUUAUUUAUUGAAAUAUUGUGAUGAGCCCUUGUGCUUGCCCAGCCUUUGUUCAGACUGAGCAGCUGGUACAAAGACUGGGAGGUUGGGUUCAGCCAUGUGGCUGGGCAUGUGCCCUUGCUCUCUUCAAUGAAGCUCUUCCCCUUAAACCCCCCAUGGGGCUAGGAGGAGUUGAGGACCCCCAGAGGGCAGGGCCUCAUUCAGCCAGGUGGAUUGGUUCUUGGGUUGUAAAUUCCUGGUGAUUUGUUCAAUAAAUGCCAAUUUCUAGA